AUGGUACGAGAUCUCGGGUAUGGAGGAGGUGGCUGGUGGCAGCGGCGCGAGUCAGUGGGAUGGUGCGAGAUCUCGGGUAUGGAGGAGGUGGCUGGUGGCAGCGGCGCGAACUCGGCGUACACGGAGCGGUACAUGGGUCUGCCGGGACCGCGCGGCAACUACCGGGGCUACGAGGAAUCCGACCUUACCAGUCGGGCGGCGCUCUUCAAGAACAAGAACUUCUUUCUGAUCCACGGCACGGCCGACGACAACGUGCACGUGCAGCACAGUAUGCUGCUGUCGCGCGCCCUCAUCAGGGCCGGCGUGUCCUUCCGGCAGCAGAUCUACCCGGACGAAAAUCAUUUCCUCUCUGGGGUAAAGAAGCACAUGUUUACAAUGAUGGAGGACUUCAUUGAUCGCUGCUUCCUGCCGCCGAAGCGAAUCAUCGACGAAGCCCUCGAAAAGCUGCGCAAGAAAAAGAAAAUACCAUAGAAGACUUAUAACCCUGUUCACCCACCUGUCUUGUCAUUUCACUGCUGUAACUGAUUUAGGGCGAAGGACAUUUUAGCGAUAGUUUUGAUGAUAAUCCCUCGUAGUCAUUAGAGCUGGUAGCUCAUUACCGGCUGUGGCCGCUGCUAGUGCUGGCCUCAGUCGAGGUCUCGAGUUCCCGUCGGUACUUCAGUGCCGGUGAGUUGUUCUCAACUGCCUUGUUUUCCUGCGGCGGGCCGGCGGGCCGGGGCUGGUAAUGGGUGGCGCUGAUACUGGAGCUGCGCUCAGACACAUACCCCGCCGCACCACCGAGCCGUGCUCAAGCGCGAUUUCGCUCGGGCGCGGCAGCAGCUCGGCGUAGCCCUGGCAACGAUAGGAUGUUGGCAGCAGGACGGGGCGACGCUGUCCAAGUGGAUACCGACUGCCCAGGCCAGCGGCCGGCGCCCUGCGCAGGCCGGGUCUGCACGCACGCCUCUGCUCGCGGCGCCGCCCAGCCCCAGCGGGCCUUCAGGCCUCAGUCACGUCCGCCCGGUCGCAGCGGCCACCUUCUGAGCGAGUUGUUGCAUGAGCGGACCCGAACCGAGCUCUGCGCGCCGGCGGCCAGGCUCGACGAUGUGUGAACCUUCGGACCGUGGGCGUGCGCCGGUGUCGCGGACGCCGACCGUGCCGGCGUGCUUCAGGUUAUGUGCUGCGUCCGGUGUCCCGUGCUGCGACCGCCCGUCCGAGACGUGUCGGUCGGUAGCGGUGUCCACCCCACCCCGUCUGCAAGUACCUUAUUGGUGUAGAGUUGGUCAAUCCCAAGUGCCAAUCAUUUGGUGUGCGGUGUGCGUGGUCAUGCUCCGGGCGCAGGCGGGAGACGCAAUGGUGAACUGAGUCGGCCGGCGGUGUGGACUCCCUACAAUGGCUGGCGCCCGCUCGGAGGUCACUCCCAGGUCAUGUUACGGAGGUCGCUGGUGAAAACCGCGAGAUGGGGAGAAUGUAACGGGUCUUGAUGCUCAUUUGUUUGAAGGGCUGCUGGCUCGCCGUUGGUGAUGUCAGAAGCCGGGUGGGAUUACACCUGUUUAUUCGCCACGAUUCGCGUGUUAUUGCGGUCCGGAGAUCGCUUUGAAGCUGGUGUGCGGAGGCAAUAUUUCAUGCGUUGGCAUUUGUUCGUCGCCCAUUGUUUGUGCUUUGUUGCCUGAGGUGGGUCUUGAGACAUAUGGAGGAGCGUCCUACGCUGAGCCUGGCGGCACUCUGACCCUGCGCUCAGCCCCGCGUGACCCGAGCAAUACUUAGAUAGCAGGCGGUGCGGGUGUGCACGACUGUCCCGGGCCACCGGGUGGAGCUGACCUUGACACGGACCCUGUACCGCCGCGGUGCCGCCCUCCUGUCUGGAGUCGCCCCAGCCUCUGUUCCGUGACGGUCGCAGCCCGGGCCCGGCGGGCACCGACAGGAUCGGGCCGAAGUUCUGGAGAUCGGCCGGCAGCUCAUCAAUCACGCGGGCUGUGUGUGAGACCUCUUCCGGCCACUGCAGACGUGACGCAGACUCUCUGAGCUCUGGCCGUAGUCUGGUCAUUUCUCCCGAAUAGCGUGUCUUUUUGGCCAGAUUUCGCGUCCACAAGAUUGCUGCUGGUCGUUCAUGUAUUCGUCGGCUCUCGCUAUUGUCGCCUACUGCGCACUCGAUAUCUCCACAGGCCGCACUACAUCCACGCCCGCGUGAGUCCUGUCCCUGAUGUGUUGGCGGCGGCGCGUCAGGCGUCAGCGGUCUGGGCCGGCCGAAAGCCGCGAGGUUACGUAAGACCUUGCGCGGCAGGUGCCCGUUGGGUAAUGUGUUUUCUUAACCGCAUCUGUGUGUUAGCUGUUUUUCCAGUUUACGGUCGCCAGAUUAGCUAGGUCGUACGCGCUCCCUCCGUAAGGCAUAGCUGGCCGAGCGCUGUCUCAUCAGGCGCGGGCCGGUCGGCACUCGCCGCCAUUAUCGAAUCCAUCGCUUUCAUUUACGUCAUUUGAUGCCUAGCGCGUUUCACUGUUCCCACAAAUUAUGUAUGUAAUACAUGCAUAGCCAUUUG